UUGGAAGACCUCAUCUACUUUGUGUUGGAUAUUCUUCUGUUUCACGGCGAACUGAACGCCUACGACGAACUCAAUAUUGACGGCAUUUAUGUCGACAUUGAGAGUUUGUUGAUGGCCUAUCACCGCGAUGCCUCCCCCGCGGAUGGCCACACCGUGCUUAUUGUGGGAAAAUCGUGUGUGUCUUUUCCGUGGGAGUCCAUGCCGUGCUUGCGGAACCGGUCUGUCUCCCGAAUGCAGUCGUUGCACGUGCUCGAGGAGCAGCUCCAACAUCCGUUGAUGGUCUCCAGGGAAAAAUGUGGAUACGUUCUCAACCCUGGGGGCGAUUUGAACCGCACGGAGGACAAUUUCAGCGGCUUGUUUGAGGAAAUCGGGGACGGAAUUGUGGGCAGAAGGCCCAGCGAGGCGGAAUUCUCACAUCUUUUGGCGAAGGCUGAUGUUUUCUUGUACUUGGGUCAUGGCUCGGGGGACCAGUAUAUCUCGUCCCAGACGCUCAAGAGGCAGCCCAGAAUCGCCCCCAGCCUUCUUAUCGGAUGCUCCUCCGGUGCGUUAACCACCGCGUCGUUGUUAGAGCCCCAUGGCACUGUUUACAACUACCUCGCCGGAGGCUGUCCUAUGGUGUUAGUGAAUUUGUGGGAUGUCACAGACAAAGAUAUCGACACGUUUAGUCUCUCGCUUUUUGAAAAGUGGGGGCUUGUCCGGGGAUCUCAUCCGGUCAGGGCCAACAUCUGUGAAGCGGUCUGCCAAAGCCGAGACGUGUGCAAGUUGAGGUUCCUCAACGGUGCCGCCCCAAUUGUUUACGGGUUGCCGUUG